AUUAUCCUAAGAAGACAGCUUCAGAGGACAUGGCUGAUAAGAGACUAAAGGAGAAAAGGAAAACAUUUAUUAUCUCCGUGUCUGAGGAUACGCUUUACACUUUGCUGGAUGACCUACUAAGUGAAGAGGUAGUGAACCAAGAGGAGGCUGAAAAUGUGAAAAAGAAAAAUGCUACAACUAAAGACAAAGCCCGUGAUUUGAUCGAUUCAGUCAUUCCAAAAGGGUCCUGUGCCAGCCAAAAACUUAUUAACUACAUCUGCAAGAGAGAUUCCAGCCUUGCUUAUAAAUUAGGAUUUUCUUCAGAAGCUAUUGAUGGAAGACCAGAGCCAGUAUCUGAAGAAUCCAGAGGCUUACUCAAGCUUUGUUCUCAUCAAAAAUUCCUGGAACUAUGCACAAAGGAGGCUGGAAGGAUCUACCCAAUCAAAGAGAAGGCGACCCGCACUCGCCUGGCCCUCAUCAUCUGUAACACAGAGUUUGACUCUCUCCCAAGGCGCAAUGGGUCUGAAUAUGACAUCCAAGGGAUGCAGAGGCUGCUUGAAGACCUGGGCUACACUGUUGUUGUAGAAAGAAAUCUCACAGCCAGGGCCAUGAAGAGAGUCCUAAGAGAUUUUGCUGCCCGCCUAGAGCACAAGUCCUCAGACAGCACAUUCUUGGUGUUCAUGUCCCAUGGCAUCUUUGAUGCGAUCUGUGGGAUCACACAUGGUGAUGAAACACAAGAUGUGUUGCCUUAUGAUUCCAUCUUCCAGAUUUUCAACAACCAGAACUGUUCCCAUUUGAAGGACAAACCCAAGGUCAUCAUCAUCCAGGCCUGUAGAGGGGGAAACACUGGAGAGGUGUGGGUCAGCGAUUCUCCAGCAGGCUCGGUGGAUAGCUCUUCACGGUUUUCUGAGAACCCGAUGCAUGAUGGUGUCCACAAGGCCCAUGUGGAGAAGGACUUUGUUGCUUUCUGCUCUUCAACACCACAUAAUCUUUCUUGGAGGAAAAAAAAUGGUUCCAUCUUCAUCACAGAACUCAUAAAUAAUAUUCAAGAACAUUCUUGGUAUUGUCACCUAACAGAAAUAUUUAUGAUGGUUCAACGAUCAUUUGAAAUACCAGGUGUUAAAGCUCAGAUGCCCACAAUUGAAAGACAAACCUUGACUAAACUUUUUUACCUCUUCCCAGGCAAUUAAAAUCCAUAAGUAUCUUUAUUUUUUAAUUGAUUUUAUUAUUUUCUUAAAUACACGACAACAGUGGAAUGCAUUAUAAUCCUUAUUACACAUAUAGAACACAAUUUUUCAUAUCUCUGUAUAUAAAGUAUGUUCAUGUCAAUUUAUGCCAUUAUACGUGUACAUUUUUUUUGCAUUACAAUUCCUUUUUUUAAAAUGUUUAUUUUUUAGCUUUAGGUGGACACAAUAUCUUUAUUUUAUUUUUAUGUGGUGUUGAGGAUCGAACCCAGUGCCUCACACAUGCCAGGCAAGCGUGCUACCACUUGAUCCAUAUCCCCAGCCCCAGCAUUGCAAUUCUUAAUACACAUAUAUACCACAAUUUUUCAUAUCUCUGUUUGUAUAUAAGGUGUGUUGAUACUCAAUUCAA